ACAUAGUACAUCAUUCGUAGUACGAAAAUUGAGAAAGGUUGGGCUGUCUUAUAGAAACAUACUUUGGAGUCGAUAAUUCAUAUUUUAUUAUCUGCGUAUCAUACCUUCUCCGGAUAUCUACUCGGUAUCUACCUAGUAGUGUCUACGUGUAGUAUCUAGUUGUAGAUUGCGAAUUCCUUACUCGCCAUGCGUAGUAUCUAUCCUACUCACGACACCUUACACAAACUACAAUUCUCGACUCCGAUUUAGAACUCUUCCGGAUCUUCCCAGAUUCCUUAUCUUGAGUCGCGGUAUCAACCUCAAGAGCCGAUCAAGAGUCCACCACCAUCACCACCACGAACGCGAACACGGACGGAUACGUAGGCUAGGAUGAGAAAUAUACCAAAAGAUAUAUUAAGGCGAUAGCACCUCUUUUUCUCGCGGAGCUUCCACAAUGUCACAUACCGUAGACAUUCUUCCGUCUAUCCCCUCGCUCCGACCCUCCACCCCUAAGAACUCGCAGAAAAACAAGCGUCAAUCGAGUUAUCCACCCCCAGAUGUCGACCCCGUCUCCAGGGUUUUAGACGGUCUUCUCUACCUUAGAGACGGUCUGACGCCUAAAGAGAGGGUGCAGAGAAGACAGCUCGAGGAGCGCAAACAAAUACUAUCCGCGCGACUACAGAGUGCGGAAUCCUAUAGAGAGUGGGAUGCAGUGGCACACGAGCUAGAUAUCCUCGAGGGUAAUGAAGAAUGGAAGUUAGAUAUCUCGUCCGGCGACUAUAAUCCCGACCUCCUGGAAAAGCGCUUAAAGGAGCUAGACGACGCCCGCGCUUACUGCGAUAUGCGAGCUAUGAUGCAUUUGAUUAGAACAGCUCUGUCGCGCGAUCUAGGCGGCAUGGGCAAUAUCGACCUCUACCGCCACUCUUACUGCGGUACCAAGAAGUUGAUCGAGCGGUACGUAGAUUCUACCUUGCAGACAAUUACGACCCUGGUCGAGCAGAGCGCUCACCGUCUCCCGGAUGAUUUGGGUCCUAAGGACUUAUUAGACGCCGUGCUUUACGCUCGCCAAAGCUUCGGCCGGAGCGCCCUCCUACUGAGCGGCGGGGGUACGUUCGGUAUGACCCAUAUCGGGGUAUUGAAAGCUAUGUUUGAGGCAAGGCUAUUGCCACGUAUCAUCUCCGGGGCCUCUGCUGGUUCCAUCGUCUGCUCCGUUGUCUGUUCAAGGACCGAUGACGAGAUCCCUCAAUUACUAAAAGAAUUUCCGCAUGGCGACUUAGCCGUGUUUGAAGAGGAUGGAAAUGAAGACGGCCUUCUAGGCCACCUACGGAGGUUGCUCACGGAAGGCAACUGGUCCGAUAUCAAGCAUUUGACACGCGUGAUGCGUGAAUUGCUCGGCGACAUCACAUUUCAAGAAGCAUACAACCGUACCCGGAGAAUAUGCAACAUUUGUGUCUCGUCUGCAUCCAUCUAUGAGCUACCUCGGCUACUCAACUACGUCACGGCACCUAAUGUUAUGAUAUGGUCUGCUGUGGCGGCGUCGUGCUCGGUUCCGCUCGUCUUCAGUGCCGCGCCCCUACUGGUCAAGAACCCCUUGACUGGCGAACACAGUACGUGGAAUCCCACUCCGCAGAUGUGGAUCGAUGGAUCUGUCGACAGCGACCUUCCAAUGACGAGGCUAGCGGAAAUGUUCAACGUCAAUCACUUCAUCGUCUCGCAGGUUAAUCCCCACGUCGUUCCUUUUCUUACCAAAGAUGACGUGACGCGCACGCCCUCCGGCGCACGCCACGAAACAAUCUAUAGGGAAGAGUCCGAUUGGCUACAUACAAUCACUACCUUGGCCAAGAGCGAAGCAUUACAUAGGAUGCAGUUCAUGGCCGAGAUUGGUAUAUUCCCAACCCUGGUCAGUAAGCUACGGUCGAUCCUGAGCCAAAAGUACUCUGGCGACAUUAAUAUCCUUCCGGCUAUGGGUGUUUGGGACUUGCCAAAGGUGCUAAAGAACCCGACGACCGAGUUCAUGAUGCGUUCAUGCUUAUUGGGCGAGCGAGCGACCUGGCCUAAAUUAUCUCGCAUACGUGACCGUUGUGCUGUCGAACUAGCUCUGGAUCGUGCUGUCCAUGCUUUGCGGGCCCGCGUCGUAUUCAGUAAAAGUCAAGUCGACCUACGAAGGAUGGCCACCGGCUCGUUAGCGAGAACCCAUGGAGAAAGUCACGGAACGUUAGCACCCGGCUCAGCUCAGGCGUGGUCCCUUUCGACAAAAGACAAGCUGAAAUACCGUCACCGAAGGUCUAGUGGGAGCAAUCUUUCAAACCCGCUCCAUCACGGCCUUGCCAAAGAAAAUCCGUACAAAAUAACAGACGACGAUACGGAUGAGGAGGAACGCCUUGAGAUGGCCACGCGCCACACGCACGCAAAACCGAAGAUCAAGAUCAAGAGAUUCCCGAAAGGUCACAUGUUACAGACAGGGCCCAGAACUAGUCCUAUCCUAUCCUCUACCACGGAGCCUGACUCUUUUGAUUUCUCCCAGCCCGUGACACCUACCGGUUCCAAGAAUACGAAAGAGCCACCCCCCAAGAAAUCCACGCUUUCGACGAUAUUUACCAUACCUGGUGACGACAGUGUUGGCGAUCACGCUACCGAGACGGCUUCGAUGACUUCCCCACAGCAAGUUCCUCACGAGGGUGUGGAGGUUGAGACCAGCGACUUACACACUUCAGACGCCGAUGAGGAAAGUCACACUGAUGACGAGACAACUCCAUCAGCCCCCAAGCUAUGGAAUAUACAUGGGAAAUUGACUGCCAGUGAACUUAAGAGGAAAUCAUCGAUCGGCAGCAGUAAUACGAAACAUUAUCGUUAAAUAAUAUAGCUUCAAAAAAGCCAGGUCUACGCGAUCAAUACAGUUUUUAAAUAAUACCUUAGAUGCCAAUUAGAAAAUUCAGCCUACCAACCACCCAGUGUGAAUAGCUUGGGUUGAUCAUAGAGGUGGGAGUAUCUAUCUACAAAGGAAUUUCAGGUAGAACUCGUAGUCGAACAGCGAACAGGAGCAUCGCAGGAUGUAGAUCUCUAGAUGUAUAAGUUAGAUCCUAUUUAUACACAAUUACCGA